AUGGGUGACUACUCGAAAGCACUUGAAUUUUACGAAAAAUCACUUAAAAUUAAAGGAAAAGCUCUGCCUCCGAAUCAUCCCGAUUUGGCUACUUCCUACAACAACAUCGGUCUUGCGUAUAAGAACAUGGGUGACUACUCGAAAGCACUUGAAUUUUAUGAAAAAGCACAUAAAAUAAAAGAAAAAGCUCUGCCUCCGAAUCAUCCCUCAUUGGCUACUUCCUACAGCAACAUCGGUGGAGUGUAUGACGACAUGGGUGAUUACUCGAAAGCACUUGAAUUUUACGAAAAAGACCUUGAAAUCACGAAAAAAGCUCUGCCUCCGAAUCAUCCCGAUUUGGCUACUUCCUACAGCAACAUCGGUCAAGUGUAUAACAACAUGGGUGACUACUCGAAAGCACUUGAAUUUUACGAAAAAGAUCUUGAAAUCACGAAAAAAGCUCUGCCUCCGAAUCAUCCCGAUUUGGCUACUUCCUACAACAACAUCGGUGGAGUGUACGACAACAUGAGUGACUACUCGAAAGCACUUGAAUUUUACGAAAAAUCACUUAAAAUCAAAGAAAAAGCUCUACCUUCGAAUCAUCCCUCAUUGGCUACUUCCUACAACAACAUUGGUAUGGCGUAUUUCGGCAAAGGAGACUACUCAAAAGCACUCUCAUUCUUAGAAAAGGCACUUCUUAUCAAACAAAAGUCGCUUCCACCAGGACAUCCUUCAAUUAAAGCAACGAAAGAUAAGAUUGAUCAUGUUAAAAAGAAAAUGUAA